AUGGCCGAGGCUCCGCAGCCACGAAAUAAUGCUAUCUCUGUGACGGCAUGCGCCAAGCGCACACACCGUAAGACAGGAUGUGUCCCCUGCAAGAUUCGCAAGAAGCGCUGCUCGGAACAUAAGCCGGUCUGCACUGACUGCCAACGGCUGGGCUUCUACUGCGUGUACCUACCCGAAAAAUGUCCAAAGGAGAAAGUUCAGUACUACCGUGAGAAAGUGGAGAAGCAGCUGCUCGAGAAGAAGACUACGCUGGAUAGGCGGAAAGCCAGCGGAGUAGUUCAAGCCGAAGCUCAGAGUAGCAGUAUCAAUGAGGUGGUGCCAGAAGAGAGCGGCGGGACAUCCGUGUCAAAUGAUGAAAAAGAGGGACAACACGUCGUGAGCAAUGACGGGUUGGACGAAAGCCAGCGACUGCUCGAUGUCACAAAUGUAGCAGAGCUAUUGGGCGCUGACGGUGGGUCAGACUCGCUCAUCCCAGGCCUCCUGUCCUUGUCGGGCUCCCCGUUGUCUCCGCGCACGCUGGCUUCCACACCUGCACCGUCUCUUUCAGAUCCCGUUCUUGCCGAGCUUGACGACACCGCCCUUCAUCUAUAUCAGUACUACCGCGAUAGGCUAGCACUCAUCGUUUCCAUCGCGCCAUCACAGCAAAACCACUAUCGGAAGAUCUUCCUGCCAAUGGCGCACCAAAACGAGGGCGUCAUGUACGGACUGCUGGCUUGGGCCGCGCGCCAUCUUUCGCUCACAGUAGACGAAAAUGACACGGCCCUCGAUGGCUCGGCAGCACCCUCAUCCUUGGUAGCCGGCCCACUCACAGAUCCGCGCUAUACGGAGCUUGCCAACAAAUAUACACUGUUUUCUCUACAGCGGCUGUCUUAUCGGAACAGUGGGUUUCUGAUGUCUCUUGCACAGAUUUUGGUGCUGUGCGGCGCUGAAAUUUGCCAGGGCGACGUGACGCGCUGGCAAACCUUGCUUCAAUGCGCUACUAGCAUGAUUAAGGAACACGCUCCGGAUGGUGAUAUCGGUGCGCUUCUCGCCAAGAGCGAGCUGGCUAGUUCCCUCGCAGACACGCAGACAACGCGUUGGCUUCUAUCCAAUUUCGUAUACCACGAUAUCAUGGGGUCCGACCAGACGCAUUUCCCAAUGUCGCAAUAUGCACGCGUACUCCAGAACCCAAUGAACCCGCUCGAGUCUCCCGUAGAUCCUCUGCAUGGCGUAAACAGGCCUGUAUUUCAAAUAUUGGGCCAAGUCAAGAACCUGGCCCGGCAGGUCAAACAGGAGCUGCGACAGGAAUUGCAGCGUUCUGGAGACCUCGACGAAAAAGACGAAACCCGGGAUCCACGUGACUCAGCGUCGCCGACUGCCGCGCCAGCACCUUCCCGCGAGACAAUGGCCAUUGCACAAGAGCUGCAAGGUGCCCUUUAUCGCAUUUCACCCAGUGAGUCUGACUUGGCUUGGUACGAUAAUUUCGCAGAGAUUGGAAGCGACAUUAGGCCUCUUGCAGAGACGUUGUUCUCUGUGUUUCGCACGGCCGCUCUCAUACUGCUCAAGACCGCCGUGUUAAGACAAACCACUGACUCUUAUGAGAUCCGUUUUCUAGUAUCGCAGCUUUCCGACGAGCUUGAUUGCGUGUUGGGCUCCCAACUCGAGGGUGGACUGUGUUUCCCGCUUUUUAUAUGCGGUAUCAACGCUCAUGACCGCGCCCAGCGCAUUAGUGUCGAAAUCAAGUUUGCAGAUUUCAUCAAAAGAUACAAAUUCCGUAAUGUGGAACGUGCUCUUGUUGUUAUGCGCCAGCUUUGGGAAAGCGCCGACAACGGAGUCACUCAAGAUUGGUUCGACAUUGUGGACAGCGUCGGCUGGGACCUCAAUUUUGCAUAG